UUUGGUGUUUGGAGCGAGCAGACGACGAAGACCGCCACUCGACACAAUGGAUCCAGUCGUGAGUCCAUCGCAACGCUGUGCAUACAAAUCGGGCAAGUGCACGAAUGCGCGCACGCGCAAACUCAACGGUGGGCAGCACUCGCUCUGCGCGGUCCACCGAGAAAAGCAGAACGCCCACCAGCGCAAGAGCGACCGAAAAGCGCGCCAGCGCAAAGUGAUGCAGUUGGCCGCCGAUCCGUUCGUGUCAUCGACACCGUUCAUGCAAAUGAUCACGCACAUGCCCAAGGCCUACGACGCCAUCUCGUCCCCCGGCGUCCCCGUGGUGAAGUACGAGCCGUAUUGGACCAGCCACGUCGGGGACCAGGAUCAACAACAUCAGCACAUCGAUGUUUGGUGGACGCACCGCCGUGCCACGAUCGUACCGACAAGCGCUAUCGCGGUCUACAGCGAGUUCCCAGAGUCUCAAUAUUCCGACGCUUGGCUGUCGUCAGACGAAAUCAAGCCGCAAGCGCAGCCCGUGCGAUUGCCAUCGAUCCGCGAAUUAUUGCACCCCGUGUACGCCCGCGACUUGUUUCCGUCCCACACGGCAGCUUGAAGACUACGUUCUGCCAUUGUACAUGCUUACUAUAUAUGAAUUUGCUCGGAGCAAUAGACCCUUUUACGUGGUAAAUGGUAGCAACUCAAUCUCGUACACCUCUUCACGUCAGA